AUGACCCCCAUGAUGCGUCAGUCUCGUCGGAGAUCGAUAUGGAUCUUCGUGAUCCUCUGCUUCUCGCAUGGGAUACACGGAAUCCCCUGGAAUUGCGAUUUCGAGUCGCCCUGUGCAUGGCAGAUCGAAAACGGCUUCGUGCUCAACGCAAGAGAGAACGCCACCUUUUUCACGGAGGCCAACUCUUCGCCUCCCGAGGUGGACGGGUCUCGCCGCUCUGAAGGACACUUCGCCUGGACACAAGGGCCGAACUUCAAAUUGCAUCUGGCCAACCUCGCACCGGUCAGGAGCGACAGAUGCACUCUGCUCCUAGACGUCUAUCGGUCAAACUACAGCAACGCCAUGCUGAGCGUGUUCCUAUCGGAUUGGCAACACACCAAGGAAAUGUAUUCCUUAUCAACGGAAGUCAUUCCGAACGGCAACUGGCACUCGGCAAAAGUUUUCCUCGGCCUAUUGGACGAACCAUUCAACCUGACUAUUGAGAUUCAUCCCAGUAUUCAACGGCCUAUCCCAAAUACGAGUAAGGCGGCAGCUCAAACAAGCUUCCGGAGAGUGCCUCGUAAGGCUGAAAAGUUGCGGGGAGCAUAUAUCGCAUUUGAUAACAUUCUCCUGAAAAAGUGCUUCAAAGAACCAGUCCAAAACUGUGGACCAAGAGAGUACCGUUGCAACGGAACUUCUGGGAACACGACCAUAUGCGUCGACGAGAGCAAGCUUUGCGAUUUCGAAGCGAAUUGUCCUCAAGGUGACGACGAAACACUGCCGCGUUGCAAGAACAUUCCCGCCAACGCGCGAUGUAAUUUCGAUGAUGACACGCUGUGCAAGUGGGCGGUGUCCACGGAUGGGUCCGGUUUUGAGCUGCGGCCGCUUCCGCACGAGAACUCUUCGUUCACUUACGAUCACACGACAGGUACCGCAGCGGGACGCUUCAUCUGUUCGCGGAAGAGGAGCGGCACUGAUCCUCUGCAGCCGAUCACGUUGACGUCCCCCCUCUUCCCGCGUCUGCCGUACUACCACUCGAACAAUGAGAGCGCUUGGUACCAGAGUUGCCAUUUCCGAUUCUUCUUCUACAAACCGAAGCGAGUCAACGCCGCCAAUGUGUUCUUCGACGUCAGAGAGAACGAUCCUAGGUAUGCGGACGGGCGAGAAAUAGCCAUCUGGCCCCGAAAGAACGAUAGAGAUAUGUCAAACGACCGUUGGGUCGCUGUUCAGGCCCCCCUACCGACUAUGUUGCGCUAUGAUUUCCGAGUAAAUCUCUACGUGCACUAUUUUCGUAUCACCUCUGACGUGUGCAUAGGCAUCGACGACAUCUCGCUGAGUCCGGCGUGUUUCGGUCUCGGCGUCCCAGCCAACGAAACGAGGGAGUACCCAGCUCAUCUCCUGCAAAACCCCGACUCCGAGCGCAUUCUCCCGGGCAACAUCACCAUGAAGUACGAAUUCGACUCGUGUGGAAUGUCGGGGAAACACGGCCCCACCGAUGAGCAAUGCAGAAAGCGAUACCAAUCUCCACUGUCGAAGCUCGUGCGUGUUACGAAGCAGGGGACGCAGAUCUGGCAGGUGCCCGAAACGGCUGUGUACACAAUCUUCGCUGUCGGAGCGUCGGGAGGCUUCGGGCUCAGGAACACCGGGAGAACCGAGGGCGCUUACGUGAGAGCGACGUUCAGGUUCACCAAGGGACAGAAAAUUCAUAUUUUAGUUGGACAAAAGGGUUCCGCGCCUUGUGAUACGCCUGUGAGGAAAAGCAAAGACAUUUGCGUCCGCAACAGCGGCAAACAACGACGGUACGCAGAUAAAUUCCAGAAACUCCAGAGGGGGAUCAGAGACGAGAGAUUACUCCCGGGGGGAGGGGGCGGAGGAGCGACGUUCGUGUUCCGAGAGGAUGCCGCCUCAGAACCGAACGGGAAGCCAAACUUCACCCCAUUGCUCAUAGCUGCUGGUGGAGGCGGACUUGCCGCUGAGAAAACUGAUCAGAACCCUGGAGAUACCGUGGGUGACAUAUUUUAUGAAAAUGGUGUUUUUGAUGCGAGCGGUACCAGUUUGGCAGACACGCGAAACGGAGCUGGAGCUGGCGGAGGCUGGUCUUCCGAAUAUAGAACUUCGCCCACUGUCGACGGGCAAAGUCUAUUAAGCGGAGCUAACGGUGGUGAUCCCUGUAAAAACGUCGAGCCCUGGAAGACUUACGGAGGCUUCGGGGGAGGCGGCGGAGGAUGCUCAGGCGGUGGAGGAGGAGGAGGAUGGAAAGGCGGUGACGCAGUUGCGUCUAAAAUGCUCCAGAACGGAGCCGGAGGAACUUCCUUCAUUCUAAAGAAGGAAACACUCGACAGACCGUCGGUGUUUAGUGGCCUUCAACAGCCCGCUUACCUCAAGCACUUCAAGAGCAGGGUCAAGGGCGACGAUGUCGGUCAUGGCUUUGUAAUUGUCGUCAGCUCAAAAAAUAUACUUUGUCCUUGCAAAGAGAUUUGUAUACCGGUGUCUUUAGCGACGCGCGCACCGACCAAUGAGGAUCCUUCAUUGAAUCCCACUUUCCGGUGCGCUUGCGAAAAGCCCACUAAAGUUGUCAGUCGGCACGACAAUAUUACGUGUGUCGAUCCUGCAUACGACCAGAGUAUUACCGAGCUUCGCUUGUCGUCUCGACAUUUCCUGAUGCUGGUGAUUUCGACGGUUGUCGUCCUCGUGAUCGCAGCGUUCUUCUUGUUCGUCGGGAUUUCCCGCUGCCGUUUCAACAAGAUCACGGAGGCGGAUGGCCAACCCUUCGGCCGAAGAGAACACUCUUCCGCUGAAUUGCAGCUGAGCCGAUUGAGGCAACAAACAGGCAUGAUAACCGAAUACAAUCCCAAUUAUGAGUUCGGCGCGACGGCAUGCGGCCUUCAUGAUCUUCGCGAAAUUCCCCGAGAGCAUCUCAAGCUCGUGAAAGCGCUAGGACAAGGCGCUUUCGGCGAAGUAUAUCAGGGUACACUCUCCUAUUUCAACGGGGAGCCUAGGGAAUUCUCAGUAGCAGUGAAAACCUUACCCGAAUUAUCUACGGCUGAUUCUGAGAAAGACUUUAUUACGGAAGCUUGCAUCAUGAGUAAAUUCUCCCACCCAAACAUCGUAUCUUUCUUGGGCGUGUGUUUCGACAGAAUGCCGAGGUUCAUAGUCUUGGAACUGUUGGCAGGAGGUGAUCUGAAAUCCUUCCUGCGAGAAGUGAGGCCGCUGCCGAAUCGCCCUAGCGAUCUGAAAAUGGGAGACCUGCUGCUGCUCGCGGUCGAUGUCGCCAAAGGUUGUCAGUACCUCGAGGAGAAGCGCUUCAUCCACAGAGACAUCGCGGCGAGAAAUUGUCUGCUCACAUCCACGUUGCCUUCGGAGCGGAAAGUUAAAAUCGCCGAUUUCGGUAUGGCGAGAGACAUAUACAGGGCUGAUUAUUACCGCAAGGGAGGUAAGGCGAUGCUACCGGUGAAGUGGAUGCCGCCCGAAGCUUUCCUCGAUGGUCUGUUCACGAGCAAGACCGAUGUCUGGUCAUUCGGCGUUCUGCUCUGGGAGGUCAUGUCCAUGGGUUACAUGCCGUAUCCUGGACGCGGGAACCAAGAAGUAAUGCAAAUGGUCACCGGCGGAAGCCGUCUGGAACCUCCGGAUAAAUGUCCCGGUCCAGUCUAUCACUUGAUGACACAAUGCUGGCACAGCGACCCCGAAGAGAGACCUUGCUUCAGCGUCAUCAUUGAGCGACUUGGAUAUUGCCUGCAAGAUCCCGAUGUAACUUCAGUCGAGCUUCCUCUAACUUCAAAUGCGCCGUCCAUGGAUUACGAAGGAGCGGCCAUAAUAUUUUCGGCACUUCGCCAAUCGAAAGAGCACGUUUUCAACGAAAGUGCUCCACUUCUCUCGUCUCCGUCCACUGUCGAGGCAACUCCGACGUCGCCGUUGGACGACUACAUGAUUCCAAUGGGCCAAUACGUAGGCAAUGACCCCAAAAAGAGAAUCAAUUACCCAAUGGUUCCAGUUUCUCCUUCUGUCGCGGAGGCCUCAUAUCCUCUCCAGCUGCUCCCAGCUGACCAAAUAUCUCCGACAUUCCCGGCUCCCCCUCCGCCGAGGCAGGUCGAGGACCGGAGGAGACACGGGGCCCAGCGUUCCGACGAAGCCACAUAUCGACCAACAGCUAUGGAUGAAGCGGAACUACCGAUCUUGGAACCACUCAUGCAGUCGCAAAAUCAGCAGAAGAAGAAGACCUAUUCGAACGUCUGCUUGGACCGGAGCCGAUUGAGCGCCUCAGGAAGCAAACCAGACAGUUUCGGCGAAAUCAGUUGUUGA